GAAUAAUCCUCACGGACUGCGGGGAGACGAGAAAUGAGGUCAUCAGUCGAUCGGAGCGCGGAAGAAGCUCAGCAUUGAAGACUCACCCGUUGCCCAUUGUCGCUCGGCAACGUAAGGCCCCCAUUUUUUCCAAUAGCGAUGGCGUUCCUUGUCUUCCUUCAAGCGACGCUCCUCCUGGGACAGGUAACUGUGUUUAUCGAUCAACACCAUGGUGGAGAAGCGGGGACAAGGUCCGUCGGGGAGGUGGAUCGGGGGAGGAUGCGAUGGAGAAUGAGGAGAAAGAGGAAGAGGGAGGGAAGAAGAGGGAGAGCAGGAGAGAGAAGAGAUUAGAAAAGAGAAUAGAGAAGUAUGUUAUAGCUUUGGACAAGUCAGAGAUCGGGGCGGGGAUGAGAACCGGAAAUGCUGGUCUAGACCCCGUCCGCCUGACAUCAUGUGCUUCCCCUCUUUCCCCUCUGCUCGCCGUCCCUGUUCUCCGUCCCUAUUCCCAGUUCCUAUUCUCUGCUCCUCCCUCUUCUUCAAUGGGUGGUCCUUAUCAGCCGAUCCCAUCGCGCUUGACUCGUCUACCGCGCGUUGCUAUGAAACUCGUGAACCGCUCCGAUAUGGGUUCCCUAUCAGGCAUCCUGCGUGCAAACAAUCCAACCAAACGAUGUCAAUGGCCACGAUAUGAACGAUUGAUUCCGUACGGUCGGUUAAAAACGAUAGUGGAUCCGGGGGUGGGGAGGCUGGAGAUGGUGGAUGGAGAUACAACGCAUCCUAUAAGAUAGAGAAAACAUCCAACCUACCCAAACGGAGAUAGAUUUCCGUCAAAUAUAGCGGCCCGACCUCCGUAGCUCAGAGAGCUCGGGCAUCGGGUAUGUUGCAAGAGCGAGAGAUGACGUGGAAUAGACAGUGAUCAACAUUUUCACGAAGGAGACUAAUCCACUUCUUACCCACCCUGGCCCGAGCUACUGCAGCCCAUACUUGAUCUC